AGAGGGUUAACUUUUACGUAAAUUUCUGACAAAAAAAAGGGGGAAAUUUUACGUAAAUUACGUAUGAGAACAAAAAAUAACUAUGAGGUGAGUGCGGAAAAGCACAGGCAGACACUGAAAAGUGAAAACCCUAAAGAAGCUCUUUGACUUGUCUGACUGUUUUGUGAGAGAAGGGAAACAGUGGGAGAGAAAACAGGAUUUUCAAUCCAAUCCACCGUCACCAUCAAUCUUCUUCUCCAGGCUCUUUCAGGAUAAGAUGCUGGUCUGUGGAACCAGAUAUUCUGGUUUCCAUCCCAAGUGGAGUCAUUAGUCACUAAUUUGACUUCGCUGGUUCAAAAAAGAGGUUGCUUUUGUGGGGUACAUCUUUCUGGUGUCUUUCUUUUCUCAGAAUGGAUCAGAUAAGAAUAUUGAGAUAUGGAAAAUCAAAAAGUUGAUCAAGGCAUUGGAAUCAGCAAGGGGUAAUGGUACAAGCAUGAUAUCUCUUAUUAUGCCUCCUCGUGAUCAAAUAUCUCGGGUCACAAAGAUGCUGGGUGAUGAAUUUGGAACUGCUUCAAACAUUAAAAGUAGGGUCAACCGUCAGUCAGUAUUGGCUGCCAUUACAUCUGCUCAGCAGAGGCUGAAACUUUAUAACAAGGUUCCUCCCAAUGGGUUGGUGCUUUAUACUGGAACAGUUGUUACUGAAGAUGGGAAGGAAAAGAAGGUAACUAUUGAUUUCGAGCCUUUCAAACCUAUCAAUGCAUCACUUUACCUUUGCGACAACAAGUUUCACACAGAAGCACUCAAUGAACUCUUAGAAUCUGACGACAAGUUUGGUUUUAUUGUAAUGGAUGGGAAUGGCACUCUUUUUGGAACAUUAAGUGGUAACACACGAGAAGUACUUCAUAAAUUUACUGUUGAUUUGCCAAAGAAGCAUGGGAGAGGAGGACAGUCUGCCCUUCGUUUUGCUCGACUUCGAAUGGAAAAACGACACAACUAUGUUAGGAAAACUGCAGAGCUAGCCACGCAGUUCUUCAUCAAUCCUGCUACCAGCCACGCAGUUCUUCAUCACUUAAGCAACAAUUGAUAUUUUAUUGGCAAUAAUAAAAUUAAAUGAAUUCUAUCUAUCUUGAAUUUAUAAGAGAUUAUAAAAGGCAUAUUUAUUU